UUGUUUCAAAAAUCAAAGUACAAAAUGAGUGAAGAAAAUAAGGAUCAAAAUGAAGCCGAAAAUGGAUUAAUGGAUGACUCGAAUAAAGAGAAUGUGAAGAUUACAGGACUCGGCGCUACCGGUGCUAAGAAACCACUGUCGGGGCCGAAGAAACAAAUCAAAAAGUACUACAAUCCCAUGUGUGUCCUCAUCAUAAGUUGUAUUUAUGUAAAGUCGUGUCCAAACGCGCCGAGCAUUCCAGCGGUGCUCAUCGUAUACGGUCUGGUAGUGGUGUUGGGAUUUGUUUGGCAAAGACUUAAGGGUCGGAUCAAUCAGACCAAAGAUGUGAUGANUGGCAAAGACUUAAGGGUCGGAUCAAUCAGACCAAAGAUGUGA